AUUUCACACUUUUCCUCUCAUCAUAUCGCAUUUUAAUAAUGAAAAUUCUACAAAUUUUUACUCUAGUAGCCAUAUUCUUGGUAAACCCAUCAUAUGGGACGCCAUUCUUCGAACAUCAACUAUACACCUCCAAAGUCUUGGAUCUGUUGAAACAUGAAGGUUCUAACAAGAUACUCCUCAAUACAGUGGCAAAAUGUAUGAAUCACACUGAAAGAGGAGCAAUAGUAUCCACAGAUUUUAUCAGAUGCGUUAAUGACAUUCUUCAUACGGACGAGCUCACAAAUACCGAUAACCUGGGAUUUAUCCUGGGAAACUAUGUAACUCAAUCGUCAAUUCUCAUGCAAAAGUGCUACGAAGAGCGCAAUGAUAUUAUCGAAUGUCUAAGGACCUUUGGUGACUGCCUUCCGUUACUCAUACGCAACCUCUUUGGUUACCCAGAGUAUAGUUUCAAGUGCAAAAAACUGAUAAACAUUCCAAACUAUGACGAAGAAAAGUCGUAUCUGGACCAGGAAGAUCAAGAGGAGGAAAAAGAGGAUCAGGAUGAUGAAAAGGUGAUAAUAUUGAGACAAGAAGAACUUUAGUUGAAAUAUUAUAAUCUCUGGGCCAUUAUAAAACCCUCAGAGUACAUGCCAGUGGGUUUGCCGAUGCAAACCCAAGCGGAAUUCACUCUUUUAGAAUCGCUUUCAUCUUCGCUAACGCGGUCACUACUGGCCAAAUUAUCUGAUUUUUGUAAGAUUGACACCUGCCAAAAUUUGUGGAUAUUUAUCAAAUGAACAAACUGUAAAGUAGUCACAUUUUAA